AUGUGUAUAGAAUAUGUGGACAAGGGUCACGUGGGCAAGGAGUACGUGGGCAAGGAACAGGUAAGCAAGGAGCAGAAGUGCAAAGAACAGGUGGGCAAGACGCACGGUGUGCAAGGAGCAGAAGUGCAAAGAACAGGUGGGCAAGACGCACGGUGUGCAAGGAGCAAGAGUGCAAAGAACAAGUGGGCAAGAAGCACGGUGGGAAAGAAGCACGGUGUGCAAGGAGCAGAAGUGCAAAGAACAGGUGGGCAAGACGCACGGUGUGCAAGGAGCAGAAGUGCAAAGAACAGGUGGGCAAGAAGCACGGUGUGCAAGGAGCAGAAGUGCAAAGAACAGGUGGGCAAGACGCACGGUGUGCAAGGAGCAGAAGUGCAAAGAACAGGUGGGCAAGAAGCACGGUGUGCAAGGAGCAGAAGUGCAAAGAACAGGUGGGCAAGAAGCACGGUGUGCAAGGAGCAGAAGUGCAAAGAACAGUGGGCAAGACGCACGGUGUGCAAGGAGCAGAAGUGCAAAGCACAGGUGGGCAAGAAGCACGGUGUGCAAGGAGCAGAAGUGCAAAGAACAGGUGGGCAAGACGCACGGUGUGCAAGGAGCAGAAGUGCAAAGAACAGGUGGGCAAGAAGCACGGUGUGCAAGGAGCAGAAGUGCAAAGAACAGGUGGGCAAGACGCACGGUGUGCAAGGAGCAGAAGUGCAAAGAACAGGUGGGCAAGAAGCACGGUGUGCAAGGAGCAGAAGUGCAAAGAACAGGUGGGCAAGAAGCACGGUGUGCAAGGAGCAGAAGUGCAAAGAACAGGUGGGCAAGAAGCACGGUGUGCAAGGAGCAGAAGUGCAAAGAACAAGUGGGCAAGAAGCACAGUGUGCAAGGAGCAGAAGUGCAAAGAACAGGUGGGCAAGAAGCACGGCGUGCAAGGAGCAGAAGUGCAAAGAACAGGUGGGCAAGAAGCACGGCGUGCAAGGAGCAGAAGUGCAAAGAACAGGUGGGCAAGAAGCACCAGCGUGCAAGGAGCAGAAGUGCAAAGAACAGGUGGGCAAGAAGCACGGUGUGCAAGGAGCAGAAGUGCAAAGAACAGGUGGGCAAGAAGCACGGUGUGCAAGGAGCAGAAGUGCAAAGAACAGGUGGGCAAGACGCACGGUGUGCAAGGAGCAGAAGUGCAAAGAACAAGUGGGCAAGAAGCACCAGUGUGCAAGGAGCAGAAGUGCAAAGAACAGGUGGGCAAGAAGCACGGUGUGCAAGGAACAGAAGUGCAAAGAACAGGUGGGCAAGACGCACGGUGUGCAAGGAGCAGAAGUGCAAAGAACAGGUGGGCAAGAAGCGGUGUGCAAGGAGCAGAAGUGCAAAGAACAGGUGGGCAAGACGCACGGUGCAAGGAGCAGAAGUGCAAAGAACAGGUGGGCAAGAAGCACGGUGUGGGAGCAGAAGUGCAAAGAACAGGUGGGCAAGAAGCACGGUGCAAGGAGCAGAAGUGCAAAGAACAGGUGGGCAAGACGCAAAGGAGCGAAGUGCAAAGAACAAGUGGGCAAGGCACCAGUGUGCAAGGAGCAGAAGUGCAAAGAACAGGUGGGCAAGAAGCACGGUGUGCAAGGAACAGAAGUGCAAAGAACAGGUGGGCAAGACGCACGGUGUGCAAGGAGCAGAAGUGCAAAGAACAGGUGGGCAAGAAGCACGGUGUGCAAGGAGCAGAAGUGCAAAGAACAGGUGGGCAAGACGCACGGUGUGCAAGGAGCAGAAGUGCAAAGAACAGGUGGGCAAGAAGCACGGUGUGCAAGGAGCAGAAGUGCAAAGAACAGGUGGGCAAGAAGCACGGUGUGCAAGGAGCAGAAGUGCAAAGAACAGGUGGGCAAGAAGCACGGUGUGCAAGGAGCAGAAGUGCAAAGAACAAGUGGGCAAGAAGCACAGUGUGCAAGGAGCAGAAGUGCAAAGAACAGGUGGGCAAGAAGCACGGUGUGCAAGGAGCAGAAGUGCAAAGAACAGGUUUGCAAGGAGCAGAAGUGCAAAGAACAGGUGGGCAAGACGCAUGAGGUGUGCAAGGAGCAGAAGUGCAAAGAACAGGUGGGCAAGAAGCGUAGGGGGGAGGUGCAAGGAGCAGAAGUGCUAAGAACAGACCGAGUCAUCAGAAACGCAUUAAGAAAUUCAAUUUUGCGCAAGAAACACCUCACGGAAAUGUCAAAUUUUGGGUCGUCUCCCUUACUCUGUACAUCGUUUGGCUAUCCCGAGAUUGGAUUUCCGGGUCGGGGCCGGGCUGUGGACACUGACACUGGCCAGGCCGCAGCUAUUAACAUUACGAGAGGUCAGGAUGUAACGCGGUGA